CUUCUCGUCUCCGCGGAGAAAAUUUCCAGAGAUGUCGGAAAUGGCCAAAUAUUUGAAGAAGCAACGGAUAAGUCUUCAUGAUAUAAUCUUCAAGAACCGGAAAUCGAGUCGAGAGGAGAUUAAGAGGGAAACGCCAGAGGAAAGAGUCGUCGUACAAGUGGUUGCAGAGAAAGGUGCAAUUGGCAUGAUUGGACAACAUUCACUGGGUGAAUCCAGGAAAUGCCCUUCACCUAAACCAGUGCGAUCUCUUGUCCAGGUGACCAGUUCUGCUCCAGACAACGUCUCUGCAGUCGAUCGGAAUGUAAGGGACGGGAUGCCCGUCUUUGGGCGAACGGUGAAGAGGACUCCCGUAGAUUCAGAGAGUUGUGAGAAUAGCUCAGGUUCUGAUAACAACGAGGGACACCGAUACAAAUCAGAUUCGGAUUCUUCCGAUGAGAAUUACAUCAUAUCGAGAUAUUUCAGAAGUAUGGCUCUUUCCGAUGAAGAAGAACCCUCAUCGGGUACAAGAUUGGGUGUACCCGUCAUAGAAACCGGGAGCUCACGGUCGUUGUCGGCAAUUCCUUCGAUAGAUAUGCCGAAUGACACAUCGUUGUCGCGGUCGUGCUACGAGAUCUGUUCGAACAGAAUCCCAGGAACACCAUGCGGGAGUUCAUGUUCGAUGUCGUUCAAGCGCCAGAAGAAAGGAAAAUCAUCGAUGACGAAUUGGUCUAAUGCAGGCAGUGAGGGGGAUAUGACUGAAAUAAUCCCGCUCGGAUCGUCCACCGUGACAAGUAAGACGAAUCGAUCAUCGAAGCAGGAGACGCUGUCGCCGUUGAAUCUCAGUCAUUUUGAAACGACCCCACGCAGUUCUUCAGUCAAGUCCAUCAACAGAGAACCGAGUUCUCUCCACGUCUCUCCGAGCCGUUCACCAAACCUUUCUGGUGAUCCGACGACAUCGCCAUCGUCAGUGAUGUCUGGGGACACCUUACCGCCUGCUCCCUCGCCAUUCUCCUCCUACGAUGUUGCCAACCAUCGCUCGCUUCGUCCUGGUAGCGCGGUCAUGCUCCCUCACUGGGAAUCAAAUCUACUUCCCCUCCGACCAUCGUCCUCCAAUCCCGCCAUCAACAAGGCCUCGGAAUACCAGACCAUUCCGUCUCACCCGCUCCGGCCCGUCCAGCUGAGCCCGUUAACGAGAUCAAACCCAAACCUCCGUGUCUACUCGCCGUCCGGAUCUUCAAGGUCGUUGUCGCCAUCGUCUGCCUUUGGCACAUCGCCAUCGACAUCACCAAGGCUUCUGAGUCCCUUACCGAUCCCCAUCCCGCCUUCAUCACCCCGCCCAACGUCCCAAUACAGACGCGCACCACGGGUGAAAAAGACGAAGACCAAAUUCCAACAGAACUUUGACAACUUGUGA